GAUGAUCGCGGACUACAAGAAAAGGCAGGCUGAACAGGCCCCCAUUAACAUCGACGGGGCUGCAGUGGAGCGGGUCGAGAGUUUCAAGUUCCUUGGUGUCGGCAAGUAGUCUUAAGGCUAACUUCAUCUUUAGAACCAUACGAUCCUAUGGUUCUAAGAUUAACUUAGCCUUAAGAUGCACAAUCUAAAACUUUGUAUUAAAUCAUAUCAAAUAUGCAACAUGUUCCUUGGUGGUCAAUGGAAAAUAUCAGUGGAAGAAUUAUCUCCUACACAUAUCCUCUUAAUGUAACUAUUUCAAUGUAACUAUUAUAUAUCAACCACUGUCUAGGUAGACUUUGCACCCGAUUUUUAUUUUAUUGAUUCAAUGUUUACAAAGUGCUCAAUGCAGCACAAAUGGUACUGUUUGUUAUUUUGCAGCACAAAUGGUACUGUUUGUUAUUGUAUUUCACUUUCCUUUGACGUGGUAGUCAUGUGGUUAAAGCAAAAACCCGGAUUCGAUCUCAGCUCUCACCUGAAUAAACCAACGUUAUCAGCAGCAUCAUAUGUCACAUGAGCUUGAUUUGGACUCCGAACACAGUUUCUAAACCAUCUUUGUAAAUAUCAGACAUUAAUUAGACGGUGUAAUUGUAAUGUUUUGUAAUAAUACAAACGUUGACACGCAAUGGAUAGAAUGGAAUGGAGAAGGUUGAAAAUUCAUUUCGAAACAGGGGCACAUCAAAUCAACAUUGCAGUGUAGCCUACUGUACAUAAAACACAUUUCUACAUACUCCUCUUCCAAGAUCAAAAGUUGAACAAAAAUAGACGCAGAGCAGGGCGGGGAAUUAAAAUCGCUAACACCAAUGGUCCACUCCAUAUUUUGUGAGACACGACAGAAGCUGGUUUCCUGCAGAGGUUUUGAGAGGAGAAAAAAACCCGAGCGUGACAAAACAUUUACCGAAAUUAUUCGACGAAUUACUGUGCCAUAACCUUGCAACGAAACAAUUCCAACAGUCCAAGUUUCUAUCCUGACGACACAGACUCAAAUUAGCAAAGUGCGAGUAAAACGGUGAGAACGAAAGCUUCGAGAGCGACAUAAACCCCAGCCAGCGGCAGCGGUCUCCAUUUUAACUUCGAGUCCGAUAUAUGCCUCACGUGUCUUGGACUGUCUCUCUCACAUGACCCGAGUGUUUGUUCCCGUGAUCAGCACUUCCAUCUACGCGUCUGUGUCACUGAAUAUCACAUUUUAUUUCAAACCCUGAUGGAUAUGCACCUCGAACAGAGUCUGGACACCGCGACAAGUCACGAAAAACAAGAGGAGGAGGUCAUCCAAUUAGAAGACGGGGGAGGGGAGCAGACUGCUGUUACCAUAGGCAGUAUUCAGCAGGCCCAGGCAUUCGCGGACCACAACAUUCAGUACCAGUUCCGCUCUGAGGGUGGUCAGGUGACUUACCGCGUUGUCCAGGUAACUGACCAGCAGCUGGAGGGGAGAGACGAUGGGGGAGGGCCGGUUAGCGUGGUCUCCACGGCCGCCUUCCCCGGCGUUCCUCAAGCAGUGACCCAGGCUGUGAUCCAGAACCCUUUCAGUAAUGGGGGUAGCCCCGUGGGAGAGACGCUGGGAGGGGAGACGCGCUUCGCCUACUUCUCACCUACGGCUGUGAGCGAUGGCACUGUGUCUGUGCAGACCACCUCCGACCCCACACAGGCCGGGGGUCAGUUCUACGUGAUGAUGACCCCUCCUGACGUCCUGCAGACAGGCACACAGCGAACCAUAGCCCCGCGCACGCACCCCUACCCUGAAGACGAAAACGAGCUGCUGCAACAUGACGGUUUAAACUGGAAAAUGGAUGGCCCACGGACACCCAGAGAUGAAAGGAGGAGAGCUCAACACAAUGAAGUUGAGAGGCGGCGGAGAGACAAGAUCAACAAUUGGAUCGUCACGCUCUCCAAAAUCAUCCCCGACUGCAACAUAGACAGCACUAAGACGGGGGCGGUAAGUCACUCUAGUAAAGGAGGCAUCCUGUCUAAGGCGUGUGACUACAUCCGAGAGCUCCGUCAGAAUAACCAGAGGCUCCUGGACGGUGUCAAAGAGGUGGCGAGAGUACAGGUGGACAACGAGCUCUGCAGACAGCAGAUCGAGGAGCUGAAGAAUGAGAAUGCCCUUCUCCGAGCGCAACUCCAGCAGCACGGCAUCGAGAGCGUGGGCGAGACGCCGCCACAAUGAACGAGGGAGACUGGGAGAGCGGGAUUGGUAGAAGGAAGAGGAGGAUGAGGCAGACUGGAGAUGACACAUAGGAACAGAACAAAACGAACGAGCUACUGAAGAAUCACUCCUUUUCACAGUCGCAGACAGUUAGACAGUCUUCCCUGGCCUCAUCUUUGAGGCUGCAUCCGAGACUCUUGGCAGGCUCCUGCUGCUUUGUUGGCUGCACUUGACUGAUCCAGGACCAGUCGAAAUGACAAAAGAAGCCACCGUGUAGACAAUAGACAUGUGUCUCAGAGAGAGAAGAGGUCGCAACCACCAGAGAAACCCUCUGCACAACUCCUCCCUCCCUUUCUAUAUUUAUUUAGUUCUUCACCUGUGGACUGUGACGUUGGAGAUUUUAUUGAGUUACGUUGUUGUUUUCCCCCAUUCUCUUCAGUCAUGUUCUUAAUUUAACUGUCGUUAUGCAUUUAUUUUAGUCUGUAUUUGUGGUUGAGGUUCAUAUUACCAUUUUGUUACGUUAGCGGUUUAAAAUUUAUUAGUUAUUGUAUUGUUAACAAUAUGCCUGGAGAGACUCAUUUAGAAAAGCUCAUGUAUCCUAGAGGAAUAGAUUAUGUAUGAGUGUGGUAGGCUACCAGCCAGUAGAACAGAGAACACGGUACAAAUAAACUGCUGAAUUGCAGCACCAUGUGAAAGAAUGCCUUGAUAGUUGGCAAUAUUGUUAGGUGUUUUCGAAAGUGACACCAAUAUACAGUUAGCUCAAAGUAUUGGGACAGUGACACAUUUUGUUGUUUUGGCUCUGUACUCCAGCACUUUUAAAUUACACAAUGACUAUGAGGUUCAAGUGCAGACUGUCAGCUUUAAUUUGGGGGCAUUUGCAUCCAUAUCAGAGUGAACCGUUUGGAAAUGACAGCACUUUUUGUACAUAGUCCCCCCCAUGUUAGGGGACCAAAAGUAUUUGGAUAAAUUCACUUGUGUAAUAAAGGAGUCAAAAGUUUA